UCGCAGUCACAGUUACAGCCCGCCUCCCCACUGCCUGCUCCUUCUCCCUACACUGGUCCGACCGGAGGUCUUACGGAGCGUCGUGAGCCUGAGUCUCAUCCUGCGUCGCCUGUUCGUGCUGGUCGCACUAGUCGUCGUGGUUCGCGUCAGCGUCCUCCUCCUGUCCCUGCCACGCACCAGAUGGCCCUGCGUUCUUCCACUGCUCCGCAGCGUGUCCCUCUGCCGUCUCCUCCUGCGUCCUCUCUUCCUGCCCUUUCUGACCCGGCGUCUGACUCCCUUCGUGCUGCUAGUCCUACUGUCACGCGUCUCCUGGCCACUGUUGUCACCGACCCUUCCUUUGAGUCCACUGCUGCGUCUGCUCUUGUUGCUGAGCUUGUCGACUUUGCUGCUCACUGUCGUCUAGACUACGCCACGAGUCUUGUUGCUGAGUCUGAGUCUGUCUGUCCUCCGUCCGUCGGGGGGAGACCGGAUGCACCAGACAUCCCGACCCCGCGCUCUUACGCAGAGGCGAUAGAGGGUCCCUACUCCUCUCAGUGGCAGUCAGCCAUGGACGCAGAGAUGGCUUCCUGGGAGUCCACAGGCACCUACGUCGAUGAGGUUCCCCCUCCUGGGGCGAACAUUGUCAGUGGCAUGUGGAUUUUCAGGGUGAAGCGGCCGCCGGGUUCCCCGCCUGUCUUCAAGGCGCGUUACCUUGCUCGAGGCUUCAGUCAGCGACAGGGAGUUGACUUCUUCCAGACCUUCUCCCCGACCCCGAAGAUGACCACUCUUUGGGUUCUGCUGCACGUCGCUGCUCAGCGUGACUACGAGCUUCACUCUAUUGACUUCAGCACUGCUUUCCUACAGGGCAGCCUGCACGAGGAGAUCUGGCUGCGCCGCCCACCUGGCUUCACUGGGUCGUUUCCUCCUGGUACCCAGUGGAGCCUCCGGCGGGCAGUCUACGGUCUCCGCCAGGCGCCCUGUGAGUGGUACGACAUACUGAGGACUACGCUUGCGGCUCUUGGGUUUGCUCCUUAG